AUGGGUCGUCAAAUCAUCUUCGGCGGCUAUCACUUGGCGGAGUAGAAAAAUGGUGACUUUGUAGCUCUCUAGUGGCUGCCACUCGACAAAGAGAAGCUAGAUGGAAGUGGGGCGCAUGUCAAAGAGCUUCAUCCUCAGGUCCGCGCAGUCAGAAAAGACUCUUCAUCGCAUCCAGUACGCUUUCAGGAGGUGGCAACUCGUCUCCUGGUGGAUCGUUCUCUUCUCGACGACGGCUUGUUCGUCGAUCAAUUGAAGAUACUUUACUCGAUGGAUUUGCAAUCUUUUUAUCGCGAAUCGUUCAGCAAUUUUAGUAACAAUGCUCCGCGAAUCGCGUUGACGAGAUUUUUGCUGAUGAUCUAGCGAUUCUAGUUGCUUAACCCUUCACCGGCGAUUUGCAUGAAAGUCGUCAUAGUUAGAUAAAAAAUAUGAGUUUUGGCUCUAGGAGGAUUCGAACCCGUGCCGGUUUCCCACCCUUUCUAGAGACGGUGUGACACAGGUUUAGUCCUACAUCACUUGUGCGCCGAAUUUUCGGGCGAAUAUAUAGUAAUGUUACAUUUGCAAGCAAGUCCCUUUCUCGCGCAUGUACGACCACUCCUUGCCCCACAAUCGGCUGGCCACCGAUGACGUGGAAGGGGGGGUGGCGCACACGUGCCCUUAUCAGUCCAUGCCGCUCGAGCCCCUACUCACGGCUCCUCCCCGACUACGCAUCUGACCCACUUGCAAGCUCGACUGGCCGGUAGGUCCCCCCCAUUUUAUUUAUUUUUAUUUUUAUUUAUUUUUCUUCAUUGAUCUCAAAAGUAAGAUUGUAAAAAUCAUAUAAAUUUGUAUAAAAUCACAUAAUUACCCAAAAAAUUAUGUUAAUCAACUGAAAACCCCUUUUCACACUUUAACACAAAUAUAAGUCUAUUUAUCAUGAGUUAAGGCUAAAAUUAUAUUAUUUACUAAUUAUUAACUCAUGAUAAUAAAGACUUAUCAACCACCUAGUAAACCCAUAGAAAAUUUAGGAAACUAUUCAAUAGUAGGAUUUCAACGAGGAGAGUCUAGUUGGACAAAUUUAAGAAAAGACCCAUGAAAUGAAAAUGUUAGGAUAGUGAAUACAUUGAGUGAGAGUAUUUUACAUAAUCCUUAUUCUUAGUUAUUAGAGGAAAUAGAUGAACUAUUAAAAGUAAAUGAGAAUAUUAAGGUUGAAAAUAUAGUGAGGAUGAAUGAAUAUAAUCAUUUAUUGGUCACAAUUGAUGAAUGAAUAUAGUGAGGAUGAUGAGGAGAAAGAGCCCUUAGAUGAAGAAACAACAGCUGAUCAUGGAAAAAUCAUUCAAAUUUUAGUAGAAGGGAGUAAAGAGAGAAAUGAGGAAACACAUAUUUCAGGUGAGGAAAAAUUAAUUGAUUUAGGAGAUGUAGGAGGCAAAAUUAAUAAAUUUAAGAAAACUUUUGCUGCCAUGAAUGUUGAUAGUGAUGAUGAUAAUGCAUAUCAGUCUUUGCCUUACUUCUCUUCGUUCUUUGUUUUUUUUUAAAUUUUUUGGCAAGAAGAAAAUAAAACAAGAGUUAAUUUUUUUGUGUACUCUAAGAGAAAAAUAGAAAAAUACUAAAUAUUAUGUAAUACAUCUCUGAGAAUGGCGUCAAAAUUUGACGUGACUUAAUUGUUGUAUAGUAAAUCACGCAAAUUUAAAAUUUAUAAAACUAGAAAAUACAAAUUUUUAGAUAUUUAGAAGUAUUUCUGAACAAAUAUAUCAAGUAUAAUUUAAUAAAACUUUCAAAAAUAGCAGUAAUUUUCUAAGUCUAUCACAAGGAUGUAAUAUAAUAUCAUGUAAUUAUUCAGAAUUUUCCUCAAAGAAUACUAUUUUCUAUGAAUUUUAUACUAAGAAAUGAAAAUGAAAUAUAUUUAAAAUUCACGAAAAAGGGAAAUAAGGGUGCGGAUGUUAGGAUGACGUCAGCACCUAGCGAAUGCGAAUCGGGCAAAAACAGAGUUCCGCCUGGCGAUUCUUACUUAAGUGAUUAGAGACGAUUUAAUUGAUCAAAUUAAGAUCAAUAAAAGUCGAAAGAAUCGUAAUUGAAUGAAGUAUAUCUUGGUAAAUUUAAAUCACAUAAAUUAUCACUAAAGGAAGUGGAAAGUAAGUUGAAAGCAAGAAAAUAGAGUUCCGGCGUCGCAACGGUGAUGUGUCGGCAAUGCACCAGAAUCCUGAGCGUUUGGGAGGAUCAUCGUGCAGUGUCCACAGCCUUGAAGGCCCUCCUUGGACAAAGACGACAUAGGCAAUCUCUAGAUCUCUUUGUGAAGUCUAGAGAUCAAUGAAAUGGGUCGUCAAAUCAUCUCCGGUGGCUGUCACCCAACAGAGCGAAAAAAUGGCGACUUUGCAGCUCUCUAGCAGCUGUCAUUUGACGGAGAGGAGCUGGAUGGAGGUGGUGCGCGUGUCAAGGAGCUUAAUCCUCAGGUCCGCGUAGUAGGAGGAGGCUCUUCAUUACAUCCGGUACACUCUCAGGAGGUGGCGACUCAUCUCCCGGCAAAUCGUCCUCUUCCCGACAAUAGCCUGUUCGUUGAUCAAUCAGAGAUGCUUUACUCGAUGGAUUCGCGAUCCUUUAUCACGAAUCGUUCAGCAAUUUUAGUAACAAUGCUCUGUAAAUUGUAGUGAUGAGAUUUUCACCAAUGAUCCAGCAAUUUUGAUUUUUUAAUCCUUCAUCGGUGAUCUGCAAGAAAGUCGCGAUAAUCAGAUAAAAAUAUGAGUCUUGGCUUUGGGAGGAUUCGAACCCGCACCGGUUUCUCGCCCUUUUUGGAGAAGGUGUGACGCGGGUUUAGUCUCACAUCAGUUGUGCACUGACGUUUCUGGCGAAUAUAUAGUAAUAUUACAUUUCCAAUCAAGUCCCUUUCUCACGUGUGUACGACCACUCCUUGCCCCACUACUGGCUGGCCAUUGGUGACGUGGAAAGGGAGUGGCGUACAUGUGCCCCUAUCAGUCCUAGCCGCUUGA